AUGGCGAGCCUCUUCACAGAAACGAUAACGUCCAUGUCAGCAGUGUUCACACCUCCCGCGAACUGCCUGAGCUCCUGGACCUUCGAAGAUGAAUUCUACAACUCAGUACCGGGCGGCCUGCUCAUGCAAAACAUCGAGCCCUCAGAUUUUGACAUAGACUGCUGGCCCGAAGACUUUGGCGGCUACGGUCGCGCACCGAGCUCGAUACAAGUAUACAGUCCCGGCUGGUGUCCCGAAGGCUAUGCGACGCCGGGCCAGUUCCAAGCAGAUGGGACUACGACUGCGAUAUGUUGUCCUUCAUCCUUCUCCUACGGCUCAACCUACUCCUCCAUAAACUUCUUCGGCUCCUCCUCCGUCCUCUUCGCCGGCUGCCUCUCCCAAUUCUCCGGCACGACCACCGUCUCCGCCCGCGGCAACGACUCCGCCAUCCCCGUCUCCGGCAGCGAGAUCACCAUGUGGGCGCAGCCCAUCUCCGUUGAAUACCAGGAACGCGAUUUGAGCUUAUUUGAUAUUACCACCAGUGCGGCAGAUGCUGACACGACGACGAGCGGUGGAGGGGUGAGCAAGACGGCGACACUGCCGAGUAAUACGGUGGAUAGUCCCGGGGCGGCGCAGACUAGUAGCGCGGAUGGCGCCGGUUCCAGCUCAAGCGCAGAUUCCGGCAACGACAAUACUGUCAGCAAUACUGCUUCAUCAUCAAUAUCAACAGGCGCAAUAGCAGGAAUCGCAGUCGGCGCCGCCAUCGUCGCCAUCGCCGCGUUAGCGGCACUGUGGUGGUUCAUCUGGCGGAAACGGCGGAAUGCUCGUCUCCAGAGUUCCUCAGCCUCAGGUCCGUUCAAUGACAGCAGUAAUAACAGAGUGAGCGAAAUGGCGGGGAGCAGCGCGUACUACAGGAACGACUCGAAAGAGCCGUAUAGGCAUCAGGCACAGCCGAGGGGGGAGAUGGAUGGGGGGCGGGUGAGCGAGUAUAGGCCGGAGCUGGAUGGUGGGUUUGGUGCGGUGGGUGGGAGGAGGAAGCAGGGGACUGGGGAGUUUAGUGAGCUGCCUUGA